CUAUCGUUAACACCGUGUAGCAACGACCACUUCGCUGUCGACCGUUCAAACACGCGAUUGCGUCCACUGCAACUGUUAAGCGAGUUGCGCGCCCUUUCUCUCACGCAGUGUAAUCGUGUUUCGGUACGUGUAUGCUAAGUCGUGGUGCCCUCUUGACGCAGGACAUCUCGAAGGAAUCCAAAGCGAAUUGGAUACUCUGUUAUCUUAGUAAGGCUUACGAGGCCUGGCCUGCCAUUCACCGGGUCCCCGCAACUAUUCAGCGGGGUUUCUUCCAAGCGACGACACCAGUAAACACGUAGUCAAAAAGAAAUCACGGGAUGACUGCGACGCACGGCGGCGGUGGCUCUGAGGAUGAACGCACAGUCAAGGACUCUGUGUACACAAUCAAGUCUGGUUUUAAGAACGACGCCUUCCAACAUGACCGCGAUAGCAAUGCUGACAUUGUCAAGCCUCCCCCACUACCGAUCGAGGACGACUCGUACGCCACCGGAAAGGUGCAACUCUCUAGAAAUGAAAAAUGGAGAAUCCUGAAAAACGUUGCAGCUGUAAGCGCUGCUUUUAUGGUGCAGUUCACUGCUUUCCAAGGAACAGCCAAUCUCCAGUCCUCCAUUAACGCCGCUGACGGCUUGGGGACCGUUUCAUUGUGUUCUAUUUACGCUGCUCUUGUGCUCUCAUGCAUAUUCGUACCCACGUUCCUCAUAAAGAGGCUAACAGUAAAAUGGACGCUGUGUCUAUCGAUGAUGUGUUAUGCACCUUAUAUAGCUGCCCAGUUUUAUCCAGCAUUUUAUACGCUUGUGCCCGCUGGGGUGGUCGUUGGACUUGGUGCCGCUCCUAUGUGGACAUCGAAGGCUACUUACUUAACUCAAGCGGGUAGUGUCUACGCGAAACUGACAGAUCAAGCAGUUGAUGGCAUUAUCGUUAGGUUCUUCGGCUUCUUCUUUCUUGCGUGGCAAACAGCUGAACUAUGGGGAAAUCUAAUAUCUAGCUUAGUGUUUUCAUCGGGUGUACACAGCGGUGCAUCAUCUUUGGAUAAUAGUACAACGGCCUUGACGUGUGGAGCAAACUUUUGUAUGAUCGGUGGUGGUCACCAUGACAACCAGAACUUGCACCGGCCGCCAGAUAGUGAGAUUUAUGAGAUCAGUGCCAUAUACCUCGCCUGUGUAGUUUUUGCUGUUCUUAUGGUUGCCUUCUUAGUUGACCCACUCUCAAGAUACGGUGAAAAACAAAGAAAAAAUGAUCCCUCUAAGGAAUUAUCAGGAAUUCAGCUUUUAUCAGCGACGGCCUACCAGCUGAAGAAGCCAAAUCAGCAGCUUCUAAUCCCGAUUACUCUGUGGAUUGGAAUGGAACAAGCAUUUAUUGGUGCUGACUAUACGCAGGCAUACGUAUCUUGCGCUUUGGGUAUCCGAUCAAUAGGCUAUGUCAUGAUAUGUUUCGGAGUCGUGAACGCAGUCUGUUCACUGCUAUUCGGAACAGUGAUGAAGUACAUUGGAAGAUUCCCAAUAUUGGUGAUGGGAGGUGCUUUACAUUUGGCCUUGAUAGUCUAUUUGUUGACUUGGAGACCUAACCCAACAUCAACGACAACGUUCUUCGUAAUAUCGGGACUGUGGGGAGUUGGUGAUGCCGUCUGGCAAACUCAAGUUAAUGGUUUGUAUGGAGUUCUGUUUAGACGCAACAAGGAAGCUGCUUUCUCCAACUACAGGCUAUGGGAGAGUGUCGGUUUUGUAGUUGCCUAUGCAUACUCUACUCACCUUUGCGCCAGAAUGAAGCUAUAUGUAAUGAUGGUGGUACUUAUCAUCGGAUUUGUGGGUUAUCUGAUCGUCGAGGUACUCCAUAUGAGAAAGACUCGCCGAUUAAAAGCUGCCGCUGAAAACCCAGCUGCAGCAGCAGAGGCAUCUAAUCAACCACCAGAAGAAGAUGAUGAAAAAGAUGAUAUCGAUGAUGAGAUCAUUAUCACCCAUCUGUGAAAAAUACAGAUCUAAUAGAAGUAAAAUCGCCAAGCGCAUGCGCGCUUAUAUUGCCAUACACAACGUUUAGGUACAAAUCAUGCUGAUAUCAACUCCUCGAAUUAAUUUAGACCUAUUUAUAUACAUUCGAUUAGUAUAUAUUAUCAAAACCUACAACCUCAACAAGGGACCGUUAUCCGUUAUCUAAAGGAUACCUGAGUAAAUGAUUCUGUCACCUUUCAUUACGUAGAUGUCACUUCUAGAGAGAUUAUAUUUUUUGAAAAAAAAAUUAUAUGUGUCUUAUAUCGUGUCAAACAUAAUAUUAUAGGGAUGUGCUUUAAACCAGGAUCAAGCAUAUUUAAGACAGAAAACUUGUUUCGCAAGCUUUUUGUUCUGAAGACCCAAAAUUAUUUUUUAAUAAUUAAGAUAACGAAGAAAUUGUGACAUUAAAAAAUCAGCACCAAUAUGAAAUAAAUAUGUAAUUGUACAAUACUCUUCGUUCCAAAUUAUAAUUUAUUUGAUAUGAAUACAUAAAUGUAAAAUAUCAUCAAACAUAAUAGGUUUAGUAUAACUUUUACACAGAAAUUUGAUACACAAUCAAUUAAAAGUUGCAUUCAAUUCACUCUUAAUUAUAUUAUUUAUAUAAAAUAAUACAUUACAUUAAAAUUUUAUAAGUUACUUAUAAAAACAUUAAGUAGGUACCUAAAACGACAUUUAUUUACCUACGUACUAUCCAGAAUAAAUAAAGCAAAUGAUACCAGCUGAAGUGAUAUUUCCUAAUUAAGUCUUUUGUUUUCGUUUGUAACACUUGUGAAUCGUUUUAAUAUUAAACGAAGUACCUAUGAGUAAUAUAUCAUUGACGUAUUACAAAUAACAUGAAAAACACAUGAAAUCAGAAAGAGUUCGACUUAAAGGCGUCUAGAAAGUGACUGGCGUCAAAUAAAUUAACUAAAUAAUUACUGCAAGUAGGUAUUUUAUGAAAAAUAAUGUAAUUUAGAAUCACCAAAAAUUGUCAUAGCAUUAUGUCGAUUAUUUAAUUAUUAAAAACAUAAAUUUCUUUUGAACCUUUGUUAGAUUUCUAAUUUUAAGGAUUAAAAUUAUAACACAGUUGUUACCAAUUAAAAUGGUAAACAUAAAUUUACUUUGAACUGAGAAGGUCAUAAAGUUGUAAGGUCUGUAUUAAAUUCAUGUCUUAUAAUUUUUGUUGUGAUGUGUAGAUCUAAAUUUCUACUAUUUUUCUUUAUACUUAAUAUGCUAGUGCUUAGCAGUCUUGAGGCUUCGGUGAUCAUCAGAUUGGUGCUACUGCACUGUAUGAUGAUGCAAAGACAUUAUAACCAUUAACCUACGAUACUGUAGUGAGAUAGUGAUUUUAUAUUCAAUUCAUAAAAAAAACAUUCAUACCUUUAUAUUGUAAUCAAUAAACGCUUAUGUUAUUUUAAUUUGUAUAAAAUACGAUAUACUUUACGACACCAAAAAUAAAUAUUUAUUAACUCAUGUAUUUGUCUAAAUCUAAGGUCUGCUCUAACAAAACAAUUUAUACAAAACAAUCAAUAUUAAUGUCUUAAUAAAGCCUAGUUUAAUUUGUUCGAGACAAUCUGCAAAUGAUACAGAUCAAGUUGGUGAAAAUUACUUAUAGAUAGAAUGAUAAAAAUAGGUUAAAAUGAAUUAUAAACGUAGAAAAUUUAAUAUUACAUCCUUAAGGUUUAUAGAUCAAAUAAAUUAUUAUAAGAAUUUAGUAUGUAUGUACUGUUUACCCAUUGCUAUGUUUGAUAUAGUGAUGCUGUAGGCAAAACUAAUAUGAAAUUUUAUUUUAGAAACGGACACAAAGUGUGUAAUUAUACAAUACGAAUUUCCUUGUAUAACUUAUUUAAAACACUUUAUGUAUGAAAUUGCGUGACGUAUAAAUAUACAUACAAUAGAGAAAUGUCAGUACAAAAUUUUAAUUAUAUUUGUCGCAUAUAUUUUGGCACAAAUGUGUGAUUUUUGCCCCGGCAUCAAAUGCUGACAGAGGCAAAUUAUUAUUAUUAUUAUUAUUAUUUUUAUUAUAUAGUAUAUUAGAUAAAUUUUAUUUUGUUAAUGCUUACACGAGGUAAUACAAACUUUUUAUACCCUACGCUACCUUAGGGAAUAGAAACAACGUGAUAAUUAACGCAAAAUGUAAAAAUAUAAUAUUGUGUUAAUAAAAACUAAUAUUAAGUUAAUUCAAAUAAAUAAUUUUCUAUAUCAAAUUAUAUUUCACACUCCUUUGUAUGAGUACUUUUUUUAAGUUAUGAUUAUUAUGUUAUUCUUUAGUGUUUUAAGUAUUUGUGAUGAAAAUAAACAUAUAAUUUGUUCAUAUUUA